GUAUCAAGGCGCACAUUUUCCAGGCACUCUCUCAGAGUACACAGCUCUGCUUCGAAGAGAUAUUCUAGAACAUACUUCUGGAAUGCAUAGAGUCAUUUGCCUGGUGCUACUGUCAAGCCCUUGGAUCUUUCCCUGUGAAGGAUACAACCCUUGCUGUGCACAACCUUGCCAAAACCAGGGUGUGUGUUUAUCCAAGGGCGCUGAUGCCUAUGAAUGUGAUUGUACCAGGACAGGAUAUUAUGGUGUGAACUGCACUACCCCUGAGGUUUUCACACUCCUCAAAUCCACACUGAAACCAAGACCAAGCCUUGUGCAUCACUUUUUAACACAUUAUAAAUGGAUCUGGGACAUCAUCAACAACAUCUCUUAUCUGAGAGACACCAUAAUGCGCUAUAUCCUGACAUCAAGGUCACACCUGGUUGACAGUCCACCAACAUACAAUGCAGAUUAUGACUACAAAAGCUGGGAAGCAUACGCCAACCUGUCCUACUACACUCGCAGUCUUGCACCAUUGCCCAAGAACUGCCCUGCACUUGAUCUCCCUAAUGCAAAGCAGGUGGUGGAGAAGGUGCUCUUGAGGAAACAAUUCAUCCCUGAUCCACAGAGGACCAGUCUCAUGUUUGCUUUCUUUGCCCAGCAUUUCUCUCACCAGUUCUUCAAGACUGACUUUAAAAAAGGACCAGCCUUCACCGAAGCUCUAGGUCAUGGAGUGGAUUUGGGGCAUAUUUAUGGGGAGACAUUGGAAAGACAACACAAACUUCGCUUAUUUAAAGAUGGCAAGCUGAAGUAUCAGGUUGCAGAUGGAGAGGUGUACCCUCCUCUAGUGAAGGAUGUCCAGGUGGAGAUGCAUUACCCUCCUCACGUCUCAGAGGAACAGAAAUUUGCUGUGGGCCAUGAGGCCUUCGGUUUGGUUCCAGGUUUGAUGAUGUAUGCUACCAUUUGGCUGCGUGAGCACAAUCGUGUCUGCGAAAUCAUGAAGCAAGAACAUCCUGACUGGAAUGAUGAGAGAAUCUUCCAAACCACCCGACUCAUCCUGAUUGGUGAGACCAUCAAAAUUGUGAUUGAGGAAUAUGUUCAGCACCUGAGUGGCUACCACUUCAAGCUCAAGUUUGACCCUGAGCUUCUCUUCAGUCAACGCUUCCAGUACCAGAAUCGCAUUGCAGCCGAAUUCAACACUCUUUAUCACUGGCAUCCGCUGAUGCCCGACAACUUUCAGAUCCAGAAUCAGGUCUAUGGCCACCACCAGUUCAUAUUUAACAACUCCAUAGUGACAGAACAUGGCAUCAGCAACCUGGUGGAGUCCUUCACUAAGCAGAGGGCUGGACGGGUUGCUGGUGGAUGGAACCUGCCAGUUGCAGUGCAGGGAGUAGCUGUUAAAGCUCUCGAGCAUUCCAGAGCGAUGCGCUACCAGUCUUUUAAUGCCUACAGAAAACGUUUCAACAUGAAGGCCUAUUCCUCCUUUGAGGAAAUGACAGGAGACAAGGAGCUAGCAGCUGAACUGGAGAAGCUAUAUGGUCAUAUAGAUGCAGUUGAGCUGUAUCCUGGUCUUCUUGUGGAGAAGCCCAGACCCAAUGCUGUCUUUGGGGAGACAAUGGUGGAGAUGGGAGCUCCCUACUCUCUCAAAGGCCUCAUGGGAAAUGCUAUUUGUUCUCCUGAAUACUGGAUGCCCAGCACAUUUGGUGGGAAAGUGGGUUUUGACAUUGUUAACACUGCCACGUUAAAGAAGCUGGUGUGCUUGAACAUCAAAGGACCCUGUCCAAUGGUUUCCUUUCAGGUACCUGAUGUGAAAUAUCAGAAAACAAGUUUAGAAAACGUCAAUUCAAGCACAGGGCACUCUACGCAAAAUAAUAUUAAUCCAACCGUUGUCUUGAGAGAGCGGAGUUCAGAGCUCUAAAUCACUGUCAAUGUUUUCACCGUGAUACUUGAUUUAACAAUUCAAUUUCUAUUUAUUUGUUAAUUUAUUUGAAUUAUUUAUUGACAUAUGUGUUAUUUGACAUUCUGUGUUAUUUGGCAUUAAGUGAUUUAAUAUUAAUACUUGAAAAAAGAGAAACUCCCUUGUUACGUCAGUUGUUCUCAUGAAACCCUCUUAUGUUGAAAGGAGGGAUAUUUUUUUAAAACGAUGUUGAAUGUAGUUGGUUUUUAUACCAACAAUGUUAUUUUCUCUGAAUAAAAUAAUUUUGACUUUUUACAUAAGUUAGGUAUCAUUUAUUGCCAGUUACUCUUGAC